UAUGCGUUAACAUUCCGGACAAGAAGCCUAGUCUCUGGGUUCUGAAGAUAGAUAGCUGUUCUUGAGGAGAAACACUGGACUUUGUGUUCGCCCCUCCCCCUUUUAGGGCUGGUGUGCAUGCAAUAACCUCACGGACUAUAAACCUUGGAUCUGAAUUUCCCCCACAAUAUGUCAAUAGAAACUGGAAUAUGACCUCCAGUCUUUAAGGAUUGUGUCAUAGACACAAAAACUAGCUGCGAUAAGAGAGCCUUUACAUUGCACAAUUAUUUUUCGUGGACUGUAAAACGCACCAUGUACAUUUUGGCAAUCGUCGGACUCCUCUGUCUUGUGGCAGGUGCCCCGCGGGAGAAGAGACAGGAUGAGAACUAUUUUAUGGAGAAUAAAUGUUCUAUGUCUGCCCGUAAUUCCAGCUGUCCAAUGGGCUUCUGCUGUGCCUACGACGAGUUUUUCCGCAUCAUUUACUAUUGUAAAAAGUUAGGCGCUGUCGGCGAGACAUGCACCACGGUGACCAGUGACGCAGACUGUCCGUGUGAAAGCGGUCUCACGUGCGUGCCUAGUGUCCAAGGGUCCAGUUUUGUUACUAUAUAUGGACGGUGCCAGGUGCGUGCUGUAACUACCGAAGCCGCGAGUACAGACAGCGCCCAGACGACAGACCAUAAUGGAGAUGGUACGAAUCACGUGCAUCAAAACGGGCACGUGACGCACCCUGGACACGUGACACGUCAUGGAUAAAAGCCUGAUUGUGAUUUUCUUUUCAUCUAAGAUCUGAAAUAAAACUAUAUCUAGCACACCUUGAACGUCCCA